AGUAGACAUCAAGAUGAGUUUCAACUCAAGUGGAGGCAAGGGUUUCGGGUUCACUGGGUUUACAGUGCCGAAGCGGAAUGUUAAUGCUACGUCCAUGAACGCGGUCCCGCCGCCUUCAGCCCAAAUGCACGCCGUCCCUCCGCCUACCUCUGGUCUCUCUAAGCAGGGUUAUUCGACGAUGAAUGCUAUAACUCAAAACGCAGUUACCGGUAAUUGGGGUACUCUGGGAAAGAAGCGAUCUAAAACUGAAGAUGAGUACUUUGAUGAUGAUGAUGAGCCACCGACUCCAGCACUGGCCUAUAUUCCAGCUCCUGGAAGCCCUACCAAUGAGGCUUCUAGUUCCCAAGCAGAUAAUGAAGAAGAGGAUCCGUUAGAUGCAUAUAUGGCAGGUUUGGAGCAACAAGCAGCAAAAGACUUGAAGACUAGUAAAGAAAAUGCCGUUAGUGGAAAAGACAGCGCAAGAGGGACUAGGGGUGACAUUGAUGAAAUGGACGAUGAAGAGAGUUACUAUAAGUAUAUGGAAGAAAAUCCCUUAACAACUGCAGAUGAUGGUUCAGAUAUUGAGAUAGAGUAUGAUGAAGAUGGUAAUCCCAUCCCUCCUCCGAAAAAGAAGUUUAUCGACCCAUUACCGCCUAUAGACCAUUCAGAGAUACAGUAUGAACCGUUUGAAAAGAACUUUUACACUCCACAUGAAGAUAUAGAGAAUCUUAAUCAUGAACAGGUUGAGGAAUUAAAGAAAAACUUGGGAGUCAAGAUAUCAGGUCCGGAUCCACCCAAGCCGGUGAGCAGUUUUGCUCACUUGGGUUUCGAUGAACAGCUAAUGAAGGCAAUACGUCGUUCAGAGUACACACAGCCCACACCCGUUCAAGCUGCUGGUGUGCCCGCUGCUUUAUCUGGGAGAGAUAUUAUUGGUAUCGCACGGACGGGUUCUGGUAAAACGGCUGCGUUUCUGUGGCCUCUCCUGGUACAUAUUAUGGACCAGAAAGAACUGGCUCCGGGAGACGGACCUAUAGGCCUUAUUCUAGCUCCUACUAGGGAAUUAGCACAACAGAUUUAUAUGGAGGCUAAGAAGUUCGGCAAAGUGUAUAAUAUUAGAUGCGUGUGCUGUUAUGGAGGGGGGUCAAAAUGGGAGCAGAGCAAAGCAUUGGAAGGUGGUGCAGAGAUCGUCGUAGGAACGCCAGGGAGAGUGAUAGACUUGAUAAAGUGUAAGGCGACCGAUCUUAAAAGAGUCACCUACCUUGUGUUGGAUGAAGCGGACAGAAUGUUUGAUAUGGGAUUCGAGCCUCAAGUGCGCUCGAUCUGCAACCACGUGCGGCCGGACCGGCAGGCGCUGCUGUUCUCGGCGACGUUCCCGCGCCGUGUGGAGCGGCUGGCGCGCGAUGCGCUGCACGACCCGGUGCGCGUGCAGCACGGCGCGGCCGGCGAGGCCUGCCACCUGGUGGCGCAGCACGUGCGGAUAUUUAAUAAACCAGAAGAGAAGUGGCCUUGGUUGUUAGAAAAUUUGGUUGAAUUUCUUUCGUCCGGGAGUGUUUUAAUAUUUGUUACGAAAAAGUUGGAAGCAGAACAGACAGCUGCUAACCUAGGUGUGCAGCAGUACGACGCGUUGCUGUUGCACGGAGAUAUGGAACAAGCAGAUAGGAACAAAGUUAUCACCGCCUUCAAACGGCAGGAGAGCAGCAUACUGGUAGCCACUGAUGUCGCAGCUCGCGGCCUCGACAUCCCGCACAUCCGCACGGUAAUAAACUACACGGUGGCGCGCGACAUCGACACGCACACGCACCGCGUCGGCCGCACGGGCCGCGCCGGCGUGCGCGGAGACGCCUACACGCUGCUGGCGCGCGACCGCGACCGGGACUUCGCGGGACACCUGCUGCGGAACCUGGAGGGCGUGCAGCAGGAGGUACCAGAGGAAUUAAUGCAGCUUGCGAUGCAGUCAGCCUGGUUCCGUAAAUCACGCUUCAAGAAGGGAAAAGGCAAAAACCUCAAUAUUGGCGGAUGUGGAUUAGGUUACAAGGAGCGGCCAGGUCUGCCAUCGUACAAUGAUGAUACACCAUUGGUUGCUGCACCAGAAAAGGCGGGCGGACCCGCCACAGACAGACUAGCUUCGCUCAAGCAGGCUUUCCGUUCACAGUACAAUCAGUUCACGGCGUCGAGCGACCACUCGUGGGAGCGCACGCGCGAGGCGCUGCAGCCCGGCGUCACGGCGCCCGCGCGCCGCGCCAAGCGCAGUCGCUGGGAGUAGUCGUCUGUGCCUAAUAAAUGUGUAUCAUAUGCGUUCACUGGACUUUCGUUUGUUUAACCCUGUAUUAUACCUCCCUCACCUCCCCUAGCUCGGCCUCGAAGGACCACUCGCGGGAUCGCAUGCGCGCGCCGCUGCAGCCUCCUCUGGGAAUAGCUGUAGUCUGUACCACAAUAAAUGUGUAUCAUAUGCGUUCACUGGACUUUGUUUCUUUAGCCCUGUAUUAUACCUCCCCCAGCUCCCCUAGCUCGGCGUCGACGGACCACUCGCGGGAUCGUAUGCGCGCGCCGCUGCAGCCCUUUCUGGGAAUAGCUGUAGUCUGUACCACAAUAAAUGUGUAUCAUAUGCGUUCACUGGACUUUGUUUAACCCUGUAUUAUACCUCCCCCACCUCCCCUAGCUCGGCCUCGACGGACCACUCGCGGGAUCGCAUGCGCGCGCCGCUGCAGCCCCCUCUGGGAAUAGCUGUAGUCUGUACCACAAUAAAUGUGUAUCAUAUGUGUU